GCCAGCACUGCGCUUUAGAGCUGACUCAGAACUGCCUGGUCGCCGUGUCUUAUUGUGCUCUUUUACAAUUUGAACCAGUUGGCACACUUCACAAUCUGGAGUCUCCACUUUCAGAUAUUCAGAGUAUCAGAGGGCUAGCAGUGGAUUGGGUCUCACGUAAUUUAUACUGGAUUAGCUCAGAAUUUGAUGAAACACAAAUUAAUGUGGCACGACUAGAUGGCUCUUUGAAAACCUCAAUUAUCCAUGGAAUCGAUAAGCCACAGUGUCUUGCAGCUCACCCAGUCAGGGGGAAACUCUACUGGACAGAUGGAAACACAAUUAACAUGGCAAACAUGGAUGGCAGUAAUAGCAAGAUUCUCUUUCAGAAUCAAAAGGAACCAGUUGGUCUAUCGAUAGACUAUGUGGAAAACAAGCUUUAUUGGAUCAGUUCUGGAAAUGGAACCAUAAAUAGAUGCAACCUAGAUGGCGGUAAUUUAGAAGUAAUAGAGUCAAUGAAAGAAGAAUUAACAAAAGCUACAGCCCUAACCAUCAUGG